AAUGACUUCAUCUCUCGUCGUCUGUCUUCACCCUCCGUCCUUCCGUCCGCCUUUGGCUGCUCCAUUCCAACAACAAAUCGGCAUGGCAGGCUCCUUAGGUGUUCUCGUCAAAUACACAGGUUCUCUUCUGCCUUUGCUGCUGGGCCCUCCAGCGAUUAUCUAUGUGCUUGUCCAAAUAUCCUCCGUCAACCUUCCCUGGUACGCGACCGUAGCCCUCUGUUUGGGGUCUCUGCCUUUUGCGUUUGCUUGUUGGAUUCAGUGGGAAAUUUGGCGUGAUGAACGGAAUGCAAAGCGUCUCGGUGCAGUCUUACCUCCAAGAGUAUUCGACCCGAGCAUAGGUGGUGGAAAUAUUCUGAAGAGGAUGGUCGACAACUUUCGUCGUGGCUAUUUGGGGGAGCACAUACGUGAAUGGUCCGCAGAAUAUGGCAAUACAUUCAAUUUCCGAAUCUCUUUCGAGAAUCGAUUCCUUACGACAGAACCCGAGUACAUCAAGGCGAUUCUUGCCACCAAUUUCAACGGCUUUGAGAAGGGCCCAAGGAGCAUUGAUCAGAACAUGGACCUACUCGGAAUCGGCAUCUUCAACUCUGAUGGCGAUAUGUGGAAAUUCCACCGUAGUAUGACCCGCCCUUUCUUCUCCAAGGAGCGUAUUUCAGACUUUCAACUCUUCGACGAACAUGUUAAAGCUACCCUCAAACUUCUUCGUACUCGUUUGCAAGAGGGACACGCCGUCGACUUUCAGGAUCUUGUAUCCCGAUUUACUCUUGACGCUGCCACAUCCUAUCUCUUCGGCACAAAUGUUCGCUCCCUCGAAGCUGGACUGCCCUACCCAGCUCACUCGUCAUCCUCUCCCACUCCAUACAAAUACAACACGACACCCAAGAUGUCCACGCAGUUCCAAGAGAAGAACCCGGCCAACGUCUUUGCUCAUGCCUUUCUCGACGCUCAAAUAGCCACAGCUUUGAGGUCUCGGUAUGGCAUUGCAUGGCCCUUGUUCGAGCUGGUACAGGAGUUAAGAGGAAAUGGAAGAAUGAAGAACAACAUCAAGGUCCUUGAGGAUUUUGUGGAGCCGAUUGUGAGAAGGGCUAUUGAAAGAGCUGAUGAAGAGGGAAAGCUUUCGCCUGUAGCGGCGGGUGAACAUAAGUUGGAAGCGGGUAUUUCUUCAGGUGUCGAAGAGGGUCAAUCCCUGCUAGAUCAUUUGAUUCAGUACACAAGAGAUCCCGCCGUUCUCCGUAACGAAACUCUGAACUUACUUCUGGCUGGAAGAGACACGACAGCAUGCUUGUUAACCUUCACCACUUACGCGUUGACUCAAUAUCCACACGUACUUUCACGCCUUCGAAACGAAAUUCUCGAACAAGUCGGUCCCGAUCGUGCGCCUACCUACGAUGAUCUCCGCGCUUGUAAAUAUCUUCGUGCUGUGUUGAAUGAGGUCAUGAGGUUGUGGCCCCCUGUGCCGUUCAAUAUGCGUCGAUCUACUGAGGCAACACUAUGGCCCUCGAAGGUCCCUGGCGGUAAACCAAUCUAUAUCCCUCCUGGCACGAAAUGCCCAUACUCAGUAUUUCUCAUGCAUCGCCGAACUGACCUAUGGGGACCUGAUGCUCUUGUAUUCGACCCCGACCGUUUCCUAGACUCUCGCGUUCAAAAAUACUUGACACCAAACCCGUUCAUCUUCCUACCUUUCAAUGCCGGACCUAGGAUCUGCCUUGGUCAACAGUUUGCCUAUAACGAAGCCUCUUUCUUCCUCGUCCGCUUCCUGCAGGCCUUCUCUAGCGUCUCUUUCGCCGAGGAUGCGCAACCGCCUGAGUCGAGGCCGCCACCAGGUCCUGGGGGAGAGAAGAUAUGGAUGAAGUCGCAUCUGACGUUGUAUUCCGAGGGAGGGAUGUGGGUCAGGGCAGAGGAAGCUGCACCAACCGAAGCCGCCACUUUCGCUUGAUUCGUUUUGUACACACGGGCAGGAGACUCUUUUGGCCUAUAUCUAGGCGUUGCGCUUUCCGGAGGCCGCACUUGUACACCUUUCUAGUUCCAAUACGACUCAACGAGUCGCAGCCCUGUUUGAGCCGC